AUGUCCGAGGGCGAAGCAGCCCGUAAGAAGGAAGGUGAUGGCCAUCGUCACCGCGAACAUCGCGAACGCAUAGGCAACUAUGUCGUCGGCCAAGAAAUAGGAAGGGGCAGCUUUGCGACUGUAUACCUGGGACACCGUUCGAAAUCCAAGAUCCCGGUCGCAAUCAAGGCCGUAUCGCGCCAGAAGCUCACCAGCAAGCUCCUAGAUAACCUCGAGAGUGAGAUCAACAUUCUCAAGGCCAUCAACCACCGCAACAUUGUGGCCCUCACAGACUGCUUCAAAAAUGACACACACAUCUAUCUCGUCAUGGAGUAUUGCUCGGGCAAUGACCUCUCAAUCUACCUCCGUCAGAGAGGACGGAUCGAGACUCUUGAUUUUGUUCCACGCAUCUACGAGUCCAACAUGGUCGCGUCACGUGGAGGCAAGGUCUUUUGGCCUCACCCUCCCUCGGGCGGCCUCGACGAGCGAGUCACACGAUGCUUCCUUGGGCAGUUGGCUGAGGCAGUGCGCUUCCUCCGCUCUCAGGACCUGAUCCACCGUGAUAUCAAACCACAGAAUCUGCUUCUUCAGCCAGCGACACCUAACGAAGUGGCCGAGGGACACCCACUCGGGAUUCCAAUCCUCAAAGUCGCCGACUUUGGCUUCGCUCGUGUGCUGCCUACAGCGACCAUGGCAGAGACCCUCUGUGGAUCGCCACUCUACAUGGCGCCAGAAAUAUUGCGGUACGAAAAGUACGACGCCAAAGCAGAUCUGUGGUCUGUUGGUGCUGUACUCUACGAGAUGGCAGUUGGACGCUCGCCAUUCCGCGCUCCAAACCACGUCGAGCUUCUGCGUCGGAUCGAGAAGGGCAAUGACAGGAUCAAGUUCCCAGACGAGUCUUCAAGGGCCAACCAGCCUCUCCCAGACGGCAGUCUCCCACCUCCCAUUAUCCCCGUCUCGCUCGACAUCAAGGCACUCAUCCGGGGUCUGCUGAAACAGCGGCCGGGCGAGCGGAUGGGCUUUGAGGAGUUCUUCAACAGCGGCGUCUGGGACGGAUUCAUGACCGAGUCCAUUGGGGACGUGUCGACGUCUAUGGACGUCUCCACUGACAGCUCUGCUGUCGAUGUCGAUUUGGGCAUGAGCGACACGCGCGAUCCCAAGAGCAGCACCGGCUCGUUUGGUACCGCUCCACUCGCUUCCCCUACCCCGACCAGUCCGAACCCUGUUAUCAAGCGUAACGUCUCUGGGGAUCUUUCAUCACGCCCAUCCACCUCAGCACCAACGCCCACUCCGAGGUCAGAGCCGAAGUACUACGUCGGCGAUGAACCCGCAGAACCAGUGCGCGAUGCGCUGCCGCCGUCACCAGUAAGCCCAAUGUAUAUGGGCACGCCUUCUCGCACAACACCGAGAGCGAUCGGCAACCAGGCCGCCCAGCAGAGCCGCGUCUACUCCACGAAGGUUCCCACUAGCAUUAGUGCGGACGACCCAUCGGUUGUCACGCCACCGACCGGACCGAUCGCGCCACGUCCCUUCAUCGGAGGUUCGCCUCUGGCUGCCACACCGCCAAUCACCAUGACUGGCAAGGACGAUAGCGCUCUUGGAGCGAGCGACUCUGUUGGCCGCGAGUAUGUUGUCGUGGAGAAGCGCACGGUCGAGAUCAAUGAGUUAGCAGACGAGCUGGAGCAGCGGACACGUCGACCUUCCAGCGGGGCACUAGUCCGCGUGCCUGGCGCGCGGCCGAUUGCUCAGCUCAGUACGAUCAACUCUACUCCAGCGCCACAGGCUGUCAUAGAGUCGACAUCGUACUCGCCGCCUUUCGCCAUGGGUUCUACCCCACCUUUCGCGGUGGCACCUACAGUCAGGCCUACGCCAAUCCGUACCCGGCAACCAUCACUUCCUUCCACGCCCACAGUGUUCCCUCCUCCUGGCUCUUACGCGAUGUCCGCCGAGAGGUCGUCGCCGGGAUCACUUCCCAGCAACAACGCCCUCGCACGUGUGUUAACCAACACCGCGGCUCGGUUACUCAACUCGACCUCUCACACCGCCGCCAACGUCGUAGCACGUGCAACUGGCUCGUCGGCGAAGAGAUGGCCGCAGGUUGAGCGGUCAGGGGAGAUUGAUCCGGACGAGAGCGAACUGCUCGACUUUCUUGAGGACGCCGCGCACAAGGCGUUUGUGCUCUACGAGCUGGGUGAUCAUCGACUGAUCCAGUGGACGCAGACGUCGCGUCCCCCACCCCCGCAGGCGUCGCCGUCGAGCACAGCGACGAUAACCCCUCACACCCCGCCGUCACCCAACGUGCCGCCAUUCGCCGUGCCGGCUGUUGGCAUGUCGCGGCGCACGUCGUCUACGUCGUCGACGAGCAGUGACUUACUUGUUCUUCGACAGGCGCAGGAAGCCGCUGGUGACGCGUGCGCUGUCUACUUCAAGUCGCUUGCCUUUGUCUGUGCUGGCCACGAGCGGUUCAAGCGAUUCUGGGAUGCGCGCAAGCACCGCAACAUGAAGUACCAGACUAGCGAUGAGCUCAACGAACUCGUGCAGUGGUUCCGUGCGCGGUUCAACGAGGUCUACGAGAAGGCCGAGUGGGCGAAGGCCCGCUCUGCUGAGCAACUUCCCUACGUCGACAGACUCGUGCACGACCGUGCCCGCGAUAUCUCGCGCCAGUCCGCACAGGCCGAGCUCCAUGGUGAUCUUCCGAACGCCGAGGAAGGCUACGAGACGGCCAUGUGGCUGCUGAGCACGCUGCUCGACGACGUCAUGCACGACGGCGUCAAGCUGCGCGAAGAAGACCGGACUGGCUACGAACGUUUGAUCAACUCGAUCCGCGAGCGCCUGGACGGCGUGCGGCGCAAGAUUGACGAUACCGCACGCGCUUCUUGA